GUGAAGUUAACUAUUACAGUAAGAAAGUAUGGGAAGCAGAAUGAGCCUUUUGAUGUUGUUCCUUGUUCUUUGCCAUGGCGUGGCAUUAACAAUGGGUUUGUGGAGGACAGAGGUGGAAGAGAGAGAAGAGGGACAUCCAAGGCCAGACAAAUUGUUCAUGAUGCUGAAAUCCAAGCGCGUGGCCCAAACCGACGCUGGGGAGAUGCGAGUGUUGGAAAGCUAUGGUGGUAGGAUUUUGGAGAGGCGCUUGAACAUUGGUUUCAUCAACAUGGAACCAAGGUCCCUCUUCAUUCCUCAGUACAUCGACUCCACUUUGAUCAUAUUCCUGCGUUCAGGGGAAGCAAAGUUGGGAUUCAUAUAUAAAGACAAACUGGCGGAAAGGCAUUUGAAGAUGGGAGAUGUAUAUCAAAUUCCAGCUGGUUCUGCAUUCUAUCUAGUGAACAUAGAGGAGGCUCAGAAGCUUCACAUUAUCUGCAGCAUUGACCCCUCUGAGAGCUUGGGAAUCGAUAUUUUCCAGUCCUUCUAUCUUGGAGGAGGAGCCCAUCCAGCCUCAGUACUUUCUGGAUUCGAGCCUCAAAUCCUUGAAACUGCUUUUAACGCAUCAGGAGAAGAGUUGCGAAAAAUGUUCACUAGGCAACACGAGGGUCCAAUUGUGCAUGUGGGGGAUUCACAUGCCACAAGCAUAUGGACCAAGUUCCUUCAACUUAAGGAGGAAGACAAACUGCAGCACCUGAGGGAGAUGGUGCAACAAGAACAAGAAGAAGAGGAGGAGGAAUUUGUUGCUGAAGAAGAGAAACAAACAAGUUGGUCGUGGAGGAAGCUCUUGGAAUCUGUAUUUGGGGAUGAGAUCAAGAACACAAGAGAGAAGGUUACAAAAAAAUCCCCUCACUCUUGCAACCUCUAUGACAGAAAGCCAGAUUUCAAAAACAGUUAUGGUUGGAGCGUUGCUCUAGACGGCUCUGAGUAUUCUCCACUCAAAAGUUCUGGCGUUGGCAUUUAUCAUGUCAAUCUCUCAGCGGGAUCAAUGAUGGCACCCCAUGUGAAUCCAAGGGCAACAGAGUAUGGAAUAGUGCUAAAAGGAUCAGGCAGAAUCCAAAUAGUGUUUCCAAACGGAAGCAACGCAAUGGACGCCCACAUCAAAGAAGGGGACGUGUUCUUCAUUCCAAGGUACUUUGCCUUCUGCCAAAUAGCAUCAAGGGGUGAACCACUUGAGUUCUUUGGCUUCACCACCUCGGCUCAAAAGAACAGGCCACAAUUUCUGGUUGGUGCCACGUCACUCAUGAGGACCAUGGUGGGGCCCGAGCUUGCGGCUGCAUUUGGUGUGAGCGAGGAGACCAUGAAUCGCGUGGCUAGGGCACAACAUGAAGCUGUGAUUCUACCAACUCCAUGGGCUGCACAUGCACAUGAUCACAAGGUCAAGGAGGAAGUGGUGGUGGAUAUUUUUCAAAAGCUUGCAAGGAAUGAGAUUAUGGGCUUUUGAUUUUUUGCUAAAUGGUUAAGGGGAACAUUUUGAUAGUGCUAGUAGAAUAAGGUGGAACAUUCGGCUUUUUUUUUUUCUCUUAAUGUUUUGAGUUUUGUUUUCCUUUUGUUGAGUUGAUAAUUGUGAUCAUUAUUCACGAGUUGUGCUGAUUAGUGAAAUAAAGUCAACUGCUUUCAUUUCAA